GGAAGUGAACACGUAUGAAGAUAUAGCGUCACAACACAGCAAAUAACGAAGCUGGGAGUCCUAUAAAAAGACGGACUGUAUUUUUCAAGCUGCACUCAAUAUAUUCAUGAUUUCCUGAGCAGGACAGUAUUGAGUAAUAUCAUCAUCAAAGUCUGAUAAUUUUUAAAAGUUGUUCCAAUGCUCAGUAUAGGCCUGAUUUUUGUACAAUCGUUUUGUCGUCCGAGGUUGUCAACUCAAAAGUGUCGGAAAGCGCACUCGAGGAUUACCCAUCAAAGUUAUUCAUCACCGGAAGAAUUUAUUAAAUAGGUUGAUCAUGUUUGGCGAUUCCACGACUGUCGCCGACGUUCGUCAGAUUAUGGCCAAACGGGCAGCCGCUGCUGAGACCAGUGAGACGUCUGUCUCCGUCCUGGGGUUGGAACAUUUGGAAAACACCUUGCUUAACUCUCUGAGAUACCUGGUGAACAUGAGCCGCGAGGCGGCAGGACAAGAUCACGGGAGCCGGAGCGACGGUGUUGACGUCGAGGCGGGAGUGACAGUGGGUCGCACGGAUCACAGAGACAGGGAGGACAGAUCGGCGAAUUUGUAUCACGGAGAUGAGGCGAUCUUACGCGAAAGACAAGAGGAAGUGGAUCGCGGUGCCGGGGAGUGUUUCUGUAAUUCACACGAAGAAAAAGAGCUAAAUCUAAUGGAAUUACCCGUCCAAGUUCUCUUGCACAUCUUCUCCUUCCUGGGCGCCCAAGACAUCUCCAGCGUUGGUAGUACCUGCCGCCAGUGUCACAGCCUCUGCAGUGACCAGCUACUGUGGAAGGAUGCCUUGGAGAAAGACAAGCUGUGUUGGCGUCGGGUGGACCAUCGGUCCAACCCGGCACUGUACGAGGAGGUGAACUCAGAUCUCACUUACAAAGAAAUUUACAUGAGAUGCAGCCCCAAGUUUCAGCGAGAGUCAUCAGGUUUCAACCUACUCAAACUGCCUCGACUUCUGUGGUCUUUCAUUCCCCACAAACCCCCCAAGGUGGUCAUGUUCGGUCCGGGAUUGGAAUCCAACUCCACCACACUGGUCAGAAAGUUCCUUGGCAGUGGGUCCGACGUCUUCAAGGUCCGGGGAGUGUUUCCAGCACUUCUGCCAGGUAGUGUUGGUACAGGUUUCCAGGUGUCAGUGAAUGGCAAGUUGGACAUGAGGCUGAUUACUCUUUACUCAGGGACCAAGCUGGAUCGGGAAAACCCCACAGCAGGUGAAACCAGAGCCCAGCGGAACAGACUCCUCCAGGCAGCCCCUGGGUCUAGUCCCCAGGGUGGUGGGGAAGAAGCAGGGAGGGGAGACGACUGCGUCACUUACGAACCAACUUCAACUAUCAAGGAGCUGUGCAGGAAUGUGGAUGCCUUUAUCUUUGUGGUGGACGCUAUGGUUGGACUCGAAUCAAUGGCCACUGAUUCUCGGCCAGAGCUCUUCGCCUUGAUGAACGACCGAUGGACGGCACAGAAGUGUCCCCUCGUCCUCCUGUCCUGCGUUCCCAACCCAGAGACGGCCAGGGUGCCCUGUGUGACGAUGGCCAAGGAACUUGCUCUCCACCAACUCAACAGGGCUUGGAAGAUGUUCGAUGUUGACGUGUCUGACUUGUCGGGAGUGGUAGAAGCUGUCACCUGGUUGGUGGAAAUUGCACAAGGGAGGUAGUGCUCAACCUAUCACAACGUGGCUUUCAUAAGGAACACACUACAUGACUUAUGUGCUUAUUUUUGUCAUGAGAAAUAAGUAACCUGUAAAUAAAAAUAACCUUUCUGCUCUUACAUAAAGUCUAUUUUUAUAAGAACUAUAACAACUUCAGUUCAGAACACACUGUAUUCAACAAAUAUUUGUAAGUUCUAGAGAAAAGAUAAAGACCACUUUAAACUAAUAAAUAGAAUUCACAUUUCAUGAUCUCUUUACAAAUCUCUUUAUUAUUGUAAUAAAUAGUUCACAGAUAGGCAUGCAGUUCAGUGAGUAUUACAAGAGCUUCCAAAUUAUGUUACAAAUGUAUCAUAAAUGUGCUAAAUUAAAA